AUGUGUUGUAUUUCUGAAAUUAGUUAUGACGGGGUUUUUUUUCACUCAUGUGUCAUUUUGCACAUUUUCUGCCAAAGUUAUCUUCGUAUUAACAAAACCCCGUGGUGACUUGACACUGACGAAGUAGGGGAAACAACUCCAUGUAAAAUGGCUAGGUAUUGCAUUUUCUGGUGUAGUUUCCCUCUUUAAAUAUAUAUACAAAGGUAUGUACAAAAAUACACCAGGGGAUACCAACUGGAAGAAAAUAAUAGAUAAAACUGUAGAAUUGAGCUGGUGUUGUAACAUUCUAUCAAGACAUAAUUUGAAUAAGGCGUGACAUUUUGUUUAUUUUUAUUAAAUAGUAAUGCAAUAUGUAUGUAAUUUUAAGUGAAAUUUCCAUAUCCUCGUUAUAUAGCUAGAAUCACUAUAUUUUCCCUUAUUAAACAUCUAUACUUUUAAUUCUUUAUGCUUUAUUGAUGUUGCAGCUUUUCGCGCCAUCCUGCAUCAAGCAAAAAACAUGCUCGAUUGAUCCUAAAGUGAAUGGAAAGCUUGGGUUGUUUAUGGAGCCAAUCCUGGAAUGGUGUGCAGAAAAUCAGCCAAGUGGAAAUGGAGCAUCUUCAAAGCCAAAAUCACCGACACCACCUGCAUCUACACGACCUUCAAAAAGAACAGGAUCUCCUCAACCAACCUCACCUAUCCCACCUCAAAAACGGAAAGGACCUCACCAUCCAACCUCACCUCGCCCAUCUCAAAAUCAAAAUGGAGCUCACCAUCCAACCUCACCUCGCCCAUCUCAAAAUCAGAAUGGAGCUCACCAUCCAACCUCACCUCAACCAUCUCAAAAUCAGAAUGGAGCUCACCAUCCAACCUCACCUAGCCCACCUUCGAAGAGAAUAUUCAAAUUGAAGCAACUUCUGAAGAAAAUCAUGAAGUCCAUGCAAUAGAAUGCGAGCCACAACUAAGAAAUCCUGAUACCUGAUUGACCAACGGACCACGCCUUUUUGAUAUAUAUGAACUUAAAAGUAUUAUACUCCAAUUUUCAACUUUUAAUUUCUGUUCUUAUUUGAUUUGAGCCGUUUAGCUAUGAUAUGUUGUCAAAAAUAACAAGUUGUGUUUACUACUUGACUCACACAGACAUUAUGUUUAUCAUUUGUUGUACAGCUCAUCAUAUAUAGUUAGAUGUUUUCUUCUUUCACUUCUCCUGAAUGUAAUAAAAUAUUCCGCAAUUAUGA